AAUCGGUUCAUGUGUUUGUCUGAAUUGCACAAGCUGGCUAAGCAACGCAUCCUGUCGUUUCUUGCUAAUGACAUCCCACCAUGUCACUGACCGUAACCCUCUCUGUCCACAUAGUGAUCACAAGAAUCUUAACACCCCGGCCGCCUUUUACAUAAAAAUCCCUGCUGCCGCUGCCCGGUCUUAAGUUAAUAGACUCCAAAGUCCGAAUACUCAACAGACCACAACUAGGACAGAAAGGACAUAACAAAGAAAAAGUGCAGCAUAAACUCGAAGUUUGCUUUCAUCUUUUAAUGGCUCAAGAUACAUCUUCUGCUGCUGAAUCACCUCGACGACGUUCUGGUCUUCUGCGGGACCAGGUUCAGUUGGUUAAGAAAAAGGACUCCGAUCGCUAUGAAAUUGUUCCAAUUGAAGAUCCAUUAUCCUUUGAGAAAGGUUUCUUCAUUGUAAUUCGUGCAUGCCAAUUGUUGGCCCAAAAGAAUGAUGGAUUGAUUUUAAUUGGAGUAGCAGGGCCAUCUGGAGCUGGAAAAACAGUGUUUACUGAGAAGGUGCUCAACUUCUUGCCCAGCAUAGCUGUCAUAACAAUGGACAACUAUAAUGAUGCUAGCCGUAUUAUUGAUGGAAACUUUGAUGACCCACGGUUGACAGAUUACGAUGCACUGCUUGAAAAUAUACAUGGUUUAAAAGCAGGGAAACCUGUUCAAGUUCCAAUAUAUGACUUCAAGUCUAGCUCUCGCACAGGAUACAGGACAGUUGAAGUGCCUAGCUCCCGCAUUGUGAUUAUUGAAGGAAUCUAUGCCUUAAGUGAAAAAUUGCGGCCUUUACUAGAUCUUCGUGUAUCUGUCACUGGGGGGGUUCACUUUGACCUUGUCAAGCGAGUAUUACGGGAUAUUCAACGUGCUGACCAAGAGCCUGAAGAAAUUAUCCAUCAAAUCUCUGAAACGGUAUAUCCUAUGUAUAAGGCUUUUAUUGAGCCAGAUCUCCAAACAGCACAUAUUAAAAUCAUUAACAAGUUUAAUCCAUUCACUGGGUUUCAGAAUCCUACUUAUAUUUUAAAGUCUACAAGAAUGGUGACAGUGGAUCAAAUUAAGGAAGUUGUAUCCGAGGAACAUAAAGAAACUAUGGAGGAAACCUAUGACAUUUAUCUUCUACCUCCUGGUGAAGAUCCUGAAGCAUGUCAAUCAUAUCUGAGGAUGAGGAAUAGGGAAGGCAAAUACAAUCUCAUGUUUGAGGAAUGGGUAACAGAUAGUCCGUUCAUAAUAUCACCUAGAAUAACCUUUGAAGUUAGUGUGCGCCUUCUUGGAGGACUAAUGGCUUUGGGGUAUACAAUUGCAACCAUCCUAAAAAGAAGUAGCCAUGUCUUUUCUGAUGAUAAGGUGUGUGUGAAGAUUGAUUGGUUGGAGCAACUUAAUCGCAAAUAUGUUCAGGUGCAAGGUCGAGAUCGUCAAUUUGUUAAAUACGUUGCUGCGCAACUGAACUUGGAAGGUUCAUAUGUUCCCCGUACUUACAUUGAACAAAUCCAGCUGGAGAAGCUUGUAAAUGAUGUUAUGGCACUGCCAGAUGAUCUGAAAACUAAGCUUAGCAUUGAUGAUGACGUAGUUUCGAGUCCUAAAGAAGCCCUUUCUCGAGCCUCUGCUGAUCGGAGAAUGAAGUAUCUCAGCCGUAUCUCACAGUCAUAUACAAAUCAGCGGGACAAGAAUUUGCCAAAGCUGACAAGGCUUGCUAUUAAUAGUAGAAGGUUUGAUGGAAGGGCACCUGAGUCACCUUCCCCACUAGUGAAUCCGGGAGUUGUUACGCAGCUCUCAGAGCAAAUUUCCACUCUGAAUGAAAGGAUGGAUGAGUUCACAUCUCGUAUUGAAGAGCUGAAUUCCAAGUUCUCUUCCAGCAAAGUUUCAGCUAGCCAACAAAACUUAGCUGUGCAGGCUGAAGCCAACAAUGGUUCUGGACCUACUUCUCUUUUUGUAACUGGCUUGGGUAACGGUUCACUAACUGGAUCCCUAAUGCCUCAUUCUUCAUCUUCUUCCCAGUUGGCUAGGGAGUCCCCACUCGUGGAAGAGGUUCUACUUAUUGCACGAGGUCAACGCCAGAUUAUGCAUCAAUUAGACAAUCUGAGCAAUCUGCUACAUGAAUACCGGGGAGGAAGGUCUCAGCGGGAAAGAACAGAUAGAACAAACAGAACAGUUGACGUUGACACCAUCACUGUUCCUCUGAUUCUUACUCUAGCAAUUGGUGGUUUGGGUGUCUUUCUGUUCAGGAGUCUGACACCCCAAAAGUGAUCAUCAAACUUAACAGUCAUUUUCAGCGUAGAGAGGAAGUUUGUACCACCCUUUGUGCUUUGAGGGACAUUGUAGGUUACUCUUUGAGAUAUUGUACAGCAAAAUCGUAAAUAUUGAAAGAAAGUAAGAAAUUCUGAAAUUAGUGCUAUAAUCAAGAUAUUUACACUAUUUAAUGGUAAA